AUGUGCAGCGACAACUAUUGGUGUGACUCAAACACAAGAAUAUGUAUUGCACAACGAUACCUUGGCUUGGGCGAGACUUGUGGCAACAACUCAUUAUAUUGUAAUGAAGGUCUUGUUUGUGAACAAUCGAUAUGUGUCAAUGUGAACUACCCGGGAUGUAUAGAUAGGACUAGAUGUCCAUGGAAUGAGACAUGUAUAAGUAAUAAGUGUACAUCUCCAAUACCCGAUGGUGAAGCAUGUACAGUACAAAGUGAAUGUUCAAUCAACAGUGGAUGUGUUGCCAACAAGUGUGUUCCCAACUUCUCCCUUGGUCUCAACUCCAAAUGUCUCUUUUCCUUUGACUGUGACUUCUCCCAAGGUCUCAUUUGUCUUAACAAGACAUGUAGGAACAAGGAUGAACUGUUUAAUGCACAGUGUAAUGCUACUUAUCAAUGUCCUACUGCUAUAUGUAUGUGUAAUGCUAAUGUAUUGACAUCGGGUAGUAGUGGCAAGUGUGGCGCUCAAGAUGACUAUACUAUGUUCAACAUCGACUACAUCAACGACAUCAACAUCAUCAACUUCAUCUCCAACUUCUACAACAUCAUCAACUACUUCAUCUUCAUCUCCAACAACCUCUACAUCCUCUACUACUUCAUCGUCGCCAACAUCGACAUCAACAUCAUCUCCAUCUGUGUACCAUAG